AGUGCUGGAGCUGGUCGCCUCUCGCGCGCAGCGCCGCCUGCCCGCCUCCCAGCCUGGUCCCCGCGCUGCGCUCCCGCCCUCCCACCCCGCCUCGCCCUGCCCCGCCGCGGCCCGUCCACUGCUCCCCGCGGGCCCGAGCCGGCCGAGCGGCUGCCCGCCGGGGAUCUGAACGGCGCGGCGGGGCCGGGAGCCGAGGGACCCGCGGAGGGGACCGGCGGCCCCGGACGGCUGCCGGAGGGGUGGCCGUGCGUGGAUGCGGCGGGAGCUGGAAGCCUCGAGCAGCCGGCGCCUUCUCUGGCCCCGGGCGCCCUAUGGCUUGAAGAGCCGUGCCACCCAGUGGCCCCACUGCCCCAAUGGAUCCACUGAACCUGUCCUGGUAUGAUGAUGAUCUGGAGAGGCAGAACUGGAACCGGACCUUCAAUGGGUCAGAAGGGAAGGCAGACAGGCCCCACUACAACUACUAUGCUAUGCUGCUCACCCUCCUCAUCUUUAUCAUCGUCUUUGGCAAUGUGUUGGUGUGCAUGGCUGUAUCCCGAGAGAAGGCUCUGCAAACUACCACCAACUACCUGAUAGUCAGCCUCGCUGUGGCUGAUCUUCUGGUGGCCACACUGGUUAUGCCCUGGGUCGUCUACCUGGAGGUGGUGGGUGAGUGGAAAUUCAGCAGGAUUCACUGUGACAUCUUUGUCACUCUGGAUGUCAUGAUGUGCACAGCAAGCAUCCUGAACCUGUGUGCCAUCAGCAUCGACAGAUACACAGCUGUGGCCAUGCCCAUGCUGUAUAACACACGCUACAGCUCCAAGCGCCGAGUUACUGUCAUGAUCGCCAUCGUCUGGGUCCUGUCCUUCACCAUCUCCUGCCCACUGCUUUUUGGACUCAACAACACAGACCAGAAUGAGUGUAUCAUUGCCAACCCUGCCUUUGUGGUCUACUCCUCCAUCGUCUCAUUCUACGUGCCCUUCAUCGUCACCCUGCUGGUCUAUAUCAAAAUCUACAUCGUCCUUCGCAAGCGCCGGAAGCGGGUCAACACCAAGCGCAGCAGCCGAGCUUUCAGAGCCAAUCUGAAGACACCACUCAAGGGCAACUGUACCCACCCUGAGGACAUGAAACUCUGCACCGUUAUCAUGAAGUCUAAUGGGAGUUUCCCAGUGAACAGGCGGAGAAUGGACGCUGCCCGCCGAGCUCAGGAGCUGGAAAUGGAGAUGCUGUCAAGCACCAGCCCCCCAGAGAGGACCCGGUAUAGCCCCAUCCCUCCCAGUCACCACCAGCUGACUCUCCCAGAUCCAUCCCAACACGGCCUACAUAGCAACCCCGACAGUCCUGCCAAACCAGAGAAGAAUGGGCAUGCCAAGAUUGUCAACCCCAGGAUUGCCAAGUUCUUUGAGAUCCAGACCAUGCCCAAUGGCAAAACCCGGACCUCCCUUAAGACGAUGAGCCGCAGAAAGCUCUCCCAGCAGAAGGAGAAGAAAGCCACUCAGAUGCUUGCCAUUGUUCUCGGUGUGUUCAUCAUCUGCUGGCUGCCCUUCUUCAUCACGCACAUCCUGAAUAUACACUGUGACUGCAACAUCCCACCAGUCCUCUACAGCGCCUUCACAUGGCUGGGCUAUGUCAACAGUGCCGUGAACCCCAUCAUCUACACCACCUUCAACAUCGAGUUCCGCAAGGCCUUCAUGAAGAUCCUGCACUGCUGAGUCUGCCCCUUGCCCGCACAGCAGCUGCUUCCCGCCUCCCUGCCUAGGCAGGCCAGACCUCAUCCCUGCAAGCUGUGGGCAGAAAGGCCCAGAUGGACUUGGCCUUCUCUUGACCCUGCAGGCCCUGCAGUGUUGGCUUGGCUCGGUGCCCCUCUCUGCCCACACACCCUCAUCCUGCCAGGGUAGGGCCAGGGAGACUGGUAUCUUACCAGUUCUGGGGUUGGACCCAUGGUUUAGGGUAGCUCACAGAGUGCCCCUUUCACAUCCAGACCCUGUCUCCUUGGCACCAAAGAUGCAGCGGCCUUCCUUGACCUUCCUCGAGGGCACCGAAACUAGCUCAGUGGUCAAGCACACGUUGAUUGUUGACUUGGCCCAGCCAUUGCUUGCCUGUGUUGGAUCAGAUUGUGGGAGAGAGGGACAGUUCUUACUUUACAGGGACCACAUAGGAAAGCAGGGAACACGCCAAGGCCUCCAGACAAUGUCAGUGUCUGGAGACACACAUAAACACCAGGUAGCUCCACGGACCCCAGAGAAACUGAGGCUGAAAAUCUGUUUUUCACUCCAACUCUAGUGUGAGUCCCUACUUUUCAUAGCAGUGGGUAUUGCUGUGUCCUACCUUGUUAUAGCAUCCCAUGGGAUUUCUAUACCCUUUGGGGGAAAACAACUCUAAUUCUUAAGGGCCCCAAGAGAGACUGUAAGGAGAAAAAUAGCUGAUCUCCCUCUACCCUCCAACCCACUCUGCCACUUCUUGACAUACCUUGGACGUAUCCAUUCCCCACAGCAAAUGUUGGCCAGCCUGGGAAGUUGGGCCUUGGACCAGUGUUGGAGCUGAAGUUGGAGGUGGUAACUUGGGGCUCUAUGGCGGGGGUUGUUGACAUCUUCUCUCUCCCAUGUCUCUUCCUUCCCAGUGCCUCUGUCUUAGAGGAGGCUGUGGACAGGGGUGCUGGGGCUCCUGAUACUUUUAGGCCUGGCCCUGAGUGAGGGGGGGAAGCUGCAGCCUGGAGGGUUCUGGACUCCAACUCUGUAACAUCACUAUACAUGCACCAAACCAAUAAAACCUUGACAAGAGUCAU